AUGGCUGCUUUUAAACCUUAUAAAUUCGUUAUUUUUGAUAAAUAUUUGAAAAAUAAUAAUUAUCAUACACAGAUAAUAUCAUAUCUUGAAUUAUCAUUAUUAUGUAAAGAAAUAUAUAUUAAUGAAAAUUUUUCUAAAUUAAAUUAUAAAAAUAUUUGUGGAAAUAAAUUAGUAUAUUAUUCAGAUAACAAUUUGAUUGAUAAAUUAAAACAGAGAAAAUUAACUGAUAAUAGUUCUGACAAAAUUUUUUCUAAUAAAAAUAAAAUAUAUGUAAAUAAUGAUGAUAACUAUAAUUUAGUAGAAAAUGUAAAAAAGAAAAAGGAAGAACAAUUAGAAAUAAGUGAAAGCUCCCAGGAUAAGAAAAUAGAAAAAGAAAUUGGUUCGUCAAAUAAUGAAUUAAAUAAUAUUAAAAAUAAAAAUAAUUUAGUGAGCUUUUUUAUUUAUGAUAAUAAUAAAGAAGAAUUGACAACCCUAUUAAAUUUAAAUAAAAUUAUUAAUGUAGAUCAUAUAAAUAUCUUAUGCUUAAGUAAUUAUAAUUUAGUUGUAAAUAUAUUCAAAAACUCUCAGUUUAAAAACAGGGUUUCUAUUUAUUGUCCAUUUUACAUAAUUCAUGACGAUCAUAAAAAAAGGAACUAUCAAAAAAAAAUUAAAGAUAUCCUAUACAAAAUAUUUAGUGAUUUUCUUCCAUUAAAUUUUAAAUAUAUUUAUUUAUCUGAUUUAGUAAGAGCUAUUAUUUUAAAUUCUGAAUUAUGUCAGAAUAAAUCAAAUAAUUCAAUAGAAGUAUUAAAGUUUUUAGACAUUAUGGAAAUAAUUGGAAAAAUAUAA